UGAGAGAUAUCAGGUAUUGAUGUAACUGGAUUGAAUAAGGGAACCUUCUUCCUGAGCACAGACAUUGGAGCCUGUUAUCAGCAUGAACUCAUAUGUGUUAGACAAUCACUUGAAUAGUUCAUGUCCAUCCUUCACUACAGGAAGCGCCAGUCUUAUGCCGCAGACUCCAAAAGUCUUAGACACCAUUGACUAUUUACUAACAUUGGGGAAAUCACAGCAGAUAUUUAAAGGAGAUGGUGAAUUGGCAGGAACUGGCCAGCAUACAUUAUGUACAGAGAGUAAUUUAGUCAUCAAACAAGAGGACAACAUUUAUGCCUUAUCUAGUGAAAUUAUUAUCCCAGAGGAUAAACCACACACAUUUACUGAGUACUCAAAAUAUUUUAAAGAAGGAAAAAGUCUUAAGUCUAGUCAAAUGAUUCAUACAAAGGAGAAACCAUUCGAAUGUACAGAAUGUGAGAAAAGCUUCACAUGUAAUUUGCAUCUCACUGAACACCACACAGUUCAUACAGCUGUGAAACCUCACACAUGUACAGAAUGUGGGAGAUGUUUCACAUCUAAAGAAAACCUUAAGUAUCACAAAAAGACACACACAGGGGAGAAACCUUUCACAUGUAAUGAGUGUGGGACAUGUUUCACAUCUAAGGGAAAUCUCAUAUGUCAUGAAAAGACCCACACAGGGGAGAAACCUUUCAAAUGUAUAAAAUGUGGAAAACGUUUUACACAUAAGAGUAAUCUGAAAAUUCAUGAAAGGAUUCACACAGGAGAAAAACCUUUCACAUGUACAGAGUGUGGAAAAAGUUUUAUGCUAAAGAGUAUUUUGAAACAUCAUGAAAUGAUUCACACAGGAGAAACCCUUUUCACAUGUACAGAGUGUGGAAAAUGUUUUACACAAAAGAAUUGUCUGAAAACUCAUGAAAGGAUUCACACAGGAGAAAAGCCUUUCACAUGUAAAGAGUGUGGAAAGAGAUUUAGAGAAAAGAGGAAUCUGAAAACUCAUGAAAGGGUUCACACAGGAGAAAAGCCUUACACAUGUACAGAGUGUGCAAAAUGUUUUACACAAAAGAUUAGUCUGAAAAGUCAUGAAAUGAGUCACACUGGAGAAAAACCUUUCACAUGUACAGAGUGUGGAAAAGGAUUUACAAACAAGAGAUAUCUAAGAAAUCAUGAAAGGAUUCACACAGGAGAAAACCCUUUCACAUGUAAAGCGUGUGGAAAGGGAUUUAGAGAAAAGAGUAGUCUGACACAUCAUGAAAGGAGUCACACGAAGGAAAAGCCGUACACAUGUACAGAGUGUGGAAAAGGAUUUACAAACAAGAGUAAUCUGAAAACUCAUGAAAGGAUUCACACAGGAGAAAAACCUUUCAAAUGUACAGAGUGUGGAAAAGGAUUUACAAACAAGAGUAAUCUGAAAAAUCAUGAAAGGAUUCACACAGGAGAAAACCCUUUCACAUGUAAAGAGUGUGGAAAGGGAUUUAGAGAAAAGAGUAGUCUAGAACAUCAUGAAAGGAGUCACACAAAGGAAAAGCCUUUUACAUGUACAGAGUGUGGAAAAGGAUUUACAAACAAGAGUAAUCUGAAAACUCAUGAACUGAUUCACACAGGAGAAAAACCUUUCACAUGUACAGAGUGUUGAAAAUGUUUUAAACUUAAAGGGACAGUCUAGUAUGAAUUAAACUUUCAUUAUU